UCCUCAGGACUUGACUUACUCUCUGCAGUUGGUUGCAGCUUUAUUAGCGGCCUCUCAGUGUUCCCCAUUGCCUGUAUGAUUCCCAAGUACUUGUAGCUGUCCUCAGUGUCUGCAGCGUUGCUUUCUACUGGUGCAACCCUCUCAGUUCUGACUAGCUUCUGUCUUUCUUACCAUCCAACUACACAUCUCCAGUCCAAAUGACAUUUCGAUGUUGUUGCUAUAGAUUCUAGUGGUGUGGAUCGGUGAAUAGAUGUGUCAUUCAUUCCUGGCAUACAGCUUGAUGUCAUCCACAUAAAGAAAGUGGCUAAUGAUUUCUCCAUUCCGUAGUCGGAAUCUUUAAAGAGUCUUGUUGAUGAGCUGGCUCUGGGGGUUCAGGCUUUUGUAAAUCGCACACUUUACCCAGUGAAAAUUGGUUGAGUCUAACACCUCUGCCGAUGUUCCUGGGCCUGGAGCAAAUUUUAUCAUGAUAGUCUCCCCAAAGUGUGCAGCUUUGCUCUCGGGUCCAGAACGUACUAAAUCUCAUUUUUUGCUGGGCUUGGACCUUCCUCACAGUUUUCCUUAAUCAGGUCCAACACCCCCCACGGCCUUCUGUCAAACAACAACUCAAAGGGAGAAAAUCCCAUGGAGCCCUGGGGCACCUCCUACACUGCGAACAACAGAGGGUCUAUCCAGGGAUGCCAAUUGCAUUCAUCCUCAUUAAUGCACUUCCGAAACAUGGUUUUAUUCAGCGGCUCCACCAGCCCAUCAGUCUGAGGGUGGUAAACGCUGGUCCGAAUAGAUUUAAUGCCCACUAAUUCAUACAGCUCUUUUUCUGUGUGUGACACAAACAGUGUCUCCAUGGCACCUUACCGGUACGCUGUACAUCUCUCUUCAGCCGAAGGAGGGAGUUGGAGGGCCAGAAACACAGAAUACCUACCCCACCUACAUCUGAAGGGGACAGUGGUAAACACAACAGUGUUGGUGUUUAUUGCUGGUUUACUCAUGGGCUUCAGCAGGAUAUGUGGGUCACCUGAGAUGAUCAUCAUUGGCCGUUUCAUCACAGGAAUUCACUCAGGCAUCUCUCUAAGUGUGGUACCAAUGUACUUGGGUGAGAUAGCACCAAAGAACUUGCGAGGUUUCCUUGGUCUCGUGCCGAGCAUCUUCAUUGGAACUGGAGUUUUUGUUGCCCAAAUCCUCGGCCUACACGAGCUUCUAGGAAAGGAGGAGCACUGGCCCCUCUUUCUUUCAGUGAUUGCUGUACCCACUUUCAUCCAGCUGAUGUUGUUGCCAUGGUUCCCAGAGAGUCCUAGGUACCUGCUGAUUGAGAAGCACAACAUCCAUGCUACCAUCAGAGCUCUGAAGUGGUACAGAGCUAAAUGUAACAUCCAGGCUGAGAUUGAAGAGAUGCAGGAGGAGCAGCGCUCCCUGUUGUCAGUGGAAACACUGUCAGUAUGGAAACUGAUGCUGGAUGACACGGUCCGAUGGCAGGUGCUGAGUGUGGUGGUCAUCAACAUUGGCAUGCAGCUGUCUGGCAUCGACGCUAUCUGGUUCUAUACCAACAGCAUCUUUGAAAAUGCAGGAAUUCCAGCUCCAGAGAUCCAGUAUACCACAGCAGGAACAGGAAUCAUAGAGAUCAUUGCUGGACUCAUUGGGUGUUUUACUAUAGAGAAGCUGGGCCGCAGGCCUCUCAUGAUUGGGGGUUUUACUGUGAUGGGUAUCUGCAGUACUGGGAUAACACUGGCCCUCAUUUUACAGGCUCAUUUGUCAUUCAUGCGCUACGUCAGUGUCUGCUGUGUGGUGGGUAUUAUUGCUGGCUUCUGUAUUGGCCCAGCUGGAGUGCCGUUUCUGGUUACAGCAGAGUUGUUUAAACAAUCCCACCGACCAGCAGCCUACAUCAUAGGAGGCUCACUCAACUGGUUGUCCAACUUCACUGUGGGAUUCGUCUUCCCAUUCUUACAGAUGUCAGCAGGAGCAUACUGUUAUUUAGUGUUUGCCACCAUUUGUGCAUCUGUUGCCGUCUAUGUCUACAUUGUGAUCCCAGAGACCAAAAACAAGACCUUCAUGGAAAUCAGCCAGAUGUUCUCAAAGAAGGAGGCAGUCUUAGAGACCCAGAGCCUGAUCCAUGUUGACCAGCUAAAGCUGAGGAAGCUGAAUGGCUACGGUGGUCUAGAACAUGCUUCAGUGGAGUUUGACAGCUCUUUGUCUGUACCUUAACUCAAACUUCAUAGCCAAUUCAUUCCUUUGGUAUGUACAUUGUAACAAAACAACACCUCACCUGUACCCAGUGUGCUAUAGCUGAGUGAAGUUAUUCUGUCAACUUAAUAUUUAAACCUAAGAUUUAUAAGAAAUUUUAGUUCAUGGGUGCUAAUUAAAAUCUAUUAAUUGGUGUAAUUUCUGAACCCUGGGAGCAUGGUGACAUCACAGGACUAUACAUAUAGCGAAACAGCCAGACAGGUUGAAAACAAUAAACCUGUAUGGUAAGCAAACUUAGGACAAAUGUCAUUACAUUUGAAAAACGCAUUUCCUCUUUGGCCUGCUGUAAUGGACCAGACCUGCCAAUGGAGGGGACUGUAACUCCCAACAACCCUAGUUUGAUAAUUGGGUAAGAAAAUAGAGGAGAAUCUUAUACAGUGUUUCAUUCGUUGUUACACUUCUACACUAAAAUAUUAUGUUUCACAACAGUUUCCCUAAGGUACAUUAGUUAAGUGCUCUGUCUAUUGUCUAUUGUUCUAUCUCGACCCAGCAAAUAAAUGUGUUUUUAUGUCAGUCAUGAUUUCAACCUUAAUUAUCUUGGUGAGUAUGGUGCUAUGAAAAAUGUUAGCAGUGAUGUACACAACUGCAAGAAAUUGUACUUAAAAACAACUGUACUUAAAAAAAUAAUAACUGUUUUAUUUAUGUUGUCUGUGGAAGAAGAAGUAUUUUAAUGAAAAACUAAAAUACAAAUGACCUCUGGGGUCAUGUUUUUCCAUGACCCCAGAGGUCAUGGAAAAACAUAGGUCAUUUUCAAAUAAAGCCUAGCUAGUAUUUCUUCUGAAAGGUAAUUUUUUAACCUAAACUUCCAUUCUCUCCUCACUGUAACAAGUGAUUUCGGUGUCUACACUUAACCAAAAUACAAGUGGAAAACAAAUUGUCCCAGAAGAGGCUCAGACACCAGCUGUUUGUCCCUUUAUUCCAAAAUGAAAACUCUUCUGUGUGUCAUUUCAAAAUUAUUGGGGUCAAGCAGCUGAUGGUUGUUUAGGUUUUUAGGUCCUUACAACUGACGAGUUCAUAUUCUGUUUAGUCAGCAUUAGCAUGUGAAAAUGGAAAGCAAUUAAUUAGAUGAGACCGUUGUUGGGACAAAGAAAAAUGUGGAAACAAUUUGUCUACAUUCUGAGCUACUUAGAUUCAAAGAAAAAACUGUGUUAACAUGAGAGGAUGAGACACACUAAAGAAAAAGUUGGUUAAUAGAAAUUAAACAAAUUGUUAUUUCUUUAAUCAUGAAAAACUUCAGCUGCUUUGGAUACUGUUACUGCUACUGCCUUUUUAUUUUAAAAGAUGCUUACUGCAGACAGUUUGGGUGGUAAAUUCUGUAAAUUGGCUCUUUAGCCAGCGUGAGUGAAAUGAAAUCCGACAUGCACAGAAUAAACUGUCUUCCUUUCAGUAGGAAACAACUCAGAGCUUGUAGAUACAACAGCUUGUAAAAAAACGGGUUGUGUGCAGUACAUGACAGAAAUAAACCUUUUUUUGAUUCUUUUAUAGUUAUAUAAUAGUAAGUUAACGUCACAAUCUAAGAAAUCCAAAAAACAAAUGGCAUGUUGUUAAAUGUCACCAUUUAUUGUAAAUGUAUGUUACCUGAUGUUAAACAUGAUGUUUUCUCAACUUGGUCCUGAUAUUUUAGACUGUGUCAUUACACUGUGCUGGUUGAAUUGUUUUGCAAAGUCUUCUAAAAUAUCUUUUGUACAGAAAGUGAAACUGUUUAAAUACAUGAAAAUGUGUA